CCAUUUUUCACUGCCUGGAAUACUCAGAGGAAUGGCCUGUGCUUAAUCCUGGUUACCAGAAUUAAAAGUGAAACCGUUUUGUUUAUCCAGUUUUACAAAACACAGUGUCUGCAGGAGCCUGGGUGGACAAGUGUAAGAGGUGGAUGUAAUGCUGAAGGCAAAUAUAUCCUCCACAAAUCAGGUUGGAGUCUGGGCACAAAGGCAUCACUCUAUGUGAGGGGAAGGCAGAAAGAAUUCUGAAAUUUCUUUGUCCAGUAAUUUCUUUCUUUCUUUUCCCAUGCUCAUAUGCUCUUUUGGAAAAAUAAAAGUCCUGCUGCCGCCUUUAGUGCUGAAGAACUGCCUUUUUUCUUGUUUUCAACUUUAUCAAUGUUAAAUCCAGCAGUCCAUUUAAAAUGAGUUGAUGGUUUGCUGGUCAGUGGUUUAUACUGUACUCACUUGUGUCUCACCACUGACCUGGGUCCUUCCUUCUCCGUGGUGCACUCACUUUUGCUGGUUAGUGAGAGAUGGGGUGGUGUGCUUCUUGCAAAAUUAUCAUCCAACUGGGUAGGAACUUAUUACAAGACCCUACCAAAACCACGCACGAGCUGUCAUUUCUUACAUCUUUAUCCAAAGGUGUCAGACACUGUGUGGGCAGAAACUUGAGAAGUCACCUUUUCUGCGAUGGUCGCUCUGCCAAAUCAAGACAUUAACUGUGAGGAUUUAUCUCUUAUGAAUGUGAAGUCAUUGCAGGGCGCCAGUCGUCUGCCUUUCACACAUGCAGCUUUGCUCUUCCAUUGAAAAGAAAUGGGAUUCCAAAAGCAAAAACAUGGGAGAAAAUCGGGAUCAGAGAUGUUACGUUGGACAAGGACUUUGACACUUCAUGGAAGUACAGAAACAGUUGAUCCCCAAAAACCCCACUAGGAAGAGGAGCAGUGUGUUCUUUUAGAAAAUUGCCAGAUUGCACUUAAGUCUUUGAGGCUGGUACAUGAGAAAAAAGAAGGAAAUGACAUAGUGGUUUUCAGCUUGUGCUGGUCAGAGAGGUCUCUUGAGCUACCUGAACCUAAUGGACAGUGUGGUAAAGUCGCAGAAAAUUCCCCUUUAUGUUCCCUUCUGCCAGGUUUCAGAUGAAUGAAUUAAAAGUAGUCAUCAUAAGAACAAGAUGAGGCAAGAACGUGCUUUUGACCAGAAAACUUGUUAUUUCUGUCCCUUAAGUGAAGUACACAGUUGCAUCAGCUCCUCUUGCUUUGGUGGCUGUGGUGCAAAUACCCCACACUGCAAGAGUGGGGUGAAAUAUUUACACUGCAUGAAGUAAUUGUUUUGCAUCCUAUCUUUUUGGAAAUUGAGACAAAAAUUGUUAUGGCUAAUAAUAACACCUGCUAAUUAAUCUGUAACAAUCCUUUGAUGUGUGUACUAGGACCGCUUAUUAUAGAUUAACCCCUGUGACUUAACCCACUCCAUAGAGCUACCCAUCACUUUCUAGAAUCUGACCUUAUCAACACAUAUUCCUCCACGUCUCUUUUUUGUAUUUUCAGUAAGUGACUUUUCAAACUCCUGAGUGGUGUCUCCCGUUCCAAAUGUAGCUUCAAAGACCAUCCACCACCUCUCUGUCAGUGUGGUCAAGAGUUGUCUCAAUCAGCAGUGUGUUUGCUUGCUGAAAGAAAACCAAGCUAAAUAGUCUGUCCCUAGCCUGGAAUUCCUAUAGAAGGAGAGUGGAGGAAAAGCAGCGCAAUUGGAGUAUCUGCAUGCUUCAGUGGUGAGCUACUGAGUCCAGCUUGGACCUCCAGUGCACAAAGAGCGAGUUCAGUGGAGGCCACCAAGGUGAUUGGGGCUGGGGCACGGUGCUGCCUCGUGAGGAGAGGCUGGAGGAACAGGGCUUGUUCAGCCUGGAGAAGAGGAGCAGCCUUCCAGUGGCUUUCAGGAGGUCACUGAGGAGAUGGAGCCAGGCUCUUUGCAGGGGUGGGAAGAUGAGAACCAAUGGGCAGAAGUUGACAUGAGAAGUCCAGGCUGGGUAUAAGGAGAAAUUUUAUCCCCACAAGGACAGCGCAGCAGCAGAGUAAGUUGCACAGGUUGCUGUGCAGUCUCCUUCCUCGGAAGUGCUCAGGACCAGUCUGGAUCAAGCCCUCACCUCACAGCUGACCCUGGCAGGGGCAGGAAGUUGAACUAGAUGAAAUGCUGAGGUCCCUUCCAACCUGCCGUCUUCUGUGAACUAUGCAUGACGUCACUUUUUAUUGACUUUGUUUCAGUUAUAGGAGUCAUAUUUGAGGAAUAUUCCACAAAUCCCAGCACUAUUCAGUGUACCCUAUCUCAGCAACUGCCUCAGGUUCCCCUGCAUGUUGGGUUUGCUUGAUAGGCAGUUCCACAUGAAGAAAUAGGUGUUUUAUUCAGUGAUGGAGGAUUAAUGAGAGUAUAUGUGACCAUAUUCCCAAAGCACACCUUGUGUAUGUGACAGAGAGCCACAGCACCAGGGACACAGGUAAGCACCAGCUGUAAGCAGCCCUGCCGGGGUGAGCUUGCAUGGAAAAGACUGCUCAUUCCCUGCUGACUGACAAGGUAGGGUGAAUGUUUCUCCAGUUAUAUAAUGACUGGAUAAUCAACUAGCAAAUUAAAAAAGGAGAAGAUGUAGUGAGAAGGUAUGUUCAGACUGAAGUCCUUAUUUAGAUCUGUGAUAGGAGACAGAAUUUCCUGAAUAGUUCAAAGAUUAACUCCAUGAAGUGGAAGUGGCAGCAGCAUGGCAGAAGAUUGUGUUCUGGGAUGCUCCACAGAGACCAAAUGGGGAAAUUGUCUGUAUUUCAGUGUAUAAGUAUUGAGCUGGACUUGCAGCUCAAAAUCAAUGAAAACUGACUAAAAAUACUCUGAAGAUACUGGAGAAUGUGCCAUGGAAAUAGUCUUUUUUGAUAGGUGAAGGCAGAUAGUUGCUGGAGAAGGAGCUGUAAGCUCACACCUCACAGCCUCUGGCACCAUUUCCCUAACGGGAAGGGCAGAGGGGAGGUGAUUUCACGCUCACGGAAAGUUUUGAAAAUGUGAUGUAAUUCGCACAGACACUAAAAGUUGUGCAGAUGUAGGCAAGACUGCCCUAACUGUAGCGCUUAGCAAGAAGUCCUUAAAAACGAUUUUAAGUAGUAAAAACGUGCAUAAAGAUAAAGCAGAGCCAUAAAAUUACCUGAGAAAACCCCUUUCUCCAUCCAGGAAACAUGGAAAGAAGCAUGCCUUGGUGUAGACCAAGGUACAUUGUCCAAAGUGUGACACAUGAAUGUGCAGGAAACAACUGAGUAGAUAAAGGCAGGUGUAAGGAAAAGAGACUCAGAGGUCACCAAUAAAGAGAAGCACAUAAAUUUUACUAAAAUUGUUUUAACAGUGCUGUGUGGUUUUGGAGUAAAAAUGCCCAAGUUUUUAAAUUCAGAACUGAAGUUAUUUCUAUACUUGAAUAUUCUGUUCUUCAUUUUGGCUCAGAAAUUUAUGGCUUGUUUUUUCAAAACCAGUAGUCAAAUCUCUUCUGUUACCUGUCCUUGGUUAGAAAUUCUACUGGCCUCAGCCAGUGCUCUGUUACUGAAAUUGGAGUUUCUUCUUCAGACCAUGCUUUUACUAAAGAAGACAUUUGCAGCUCUGUAGUUCACUGUUAUUUUUCAAGCAUAAAACUGUUUUUGCACACAGUAAUCUCGCAAUCAUUUUUUUUCCUGUUCUGCUGUGACAAGCGUGGAUUGCAGGAGCAGAGGUACCAAACACUGUUCUAUACCUCUUCCCUAGCCAUGUGCCAGCUUUUCCUUAUGCUCCACACAGGGACAUCUUCAGUGUAGUGAAAUGAUGUCCAGGAGUGCGGGACAUAGAGCCCAACCUGUGACAGCUACGUGCAGGACACCAGGGCUUAGGCCCAGUCAACUGCUAAUUGCUAUUUUGCUCUUUUUUUGCUUUAAUUUUGCCUUUGCUGCUGCAGCUGUCACAGAGGAUCCCAGGGGUGAGUCAGGAGGUGUCAGCAAUCGCUUCUGCCUGAGCCAACGUGCAGCCAGGCACAACAAAGUCUGGCUAUUGAUUGUGAGAUGGCUUUGGCCCUCCCUCACUUCCUCAUCCCUGGCAAUUUUGGAGAGGGUGACUGAUGAGGGAAUUCUGUUCUUUCUGCAUGUCUGAGUUUGGCCUAACUGACAGUGAGCAGACAGGAAGGGAUGGGUUUACUGGCACGUCUGCAAAUUUAGCACUCUCCUUAACUUUCAUUUUCACCCUCAGAUGGUCACACAAAAUGAGAAAUUUUCCACCCUGCCCUGCCAUCAUUUGACAUUCAAUCUUCCACUGGAGAGCAGGAUACAGCAAAGAAACAUUGCCCUUUCCACCCUAAACUGCUGCUUUAAAUGUACCUUAAAUCUGCAGAAACUAAAAAGGAGUCCAGACAGGGCUGGGAUCCUACUUUUAUUUGCAUAUUUUCAAGUACCAAGGCCUGGAUCUUUUAUUUUGUUUUUGGUAGAGCUGUUAUCCCCACUUUAUCAGGAACAUUUUGAAAUAAUAAAGAAGCCAGUGAAGAAGGGCCUACAGUUACUGGUGAAUAUCUUAAAGCCCUUAAAGGAAUAGUCAGCAAUCAGAACACAAACCAAAAAAACCCAGAGUUGCCACCUUGCAAAGUUUGGGGGAAGAUUCAAACCAAACAAAUUGUCUUUGAGAAACGAAAAACCAAACCAGUGUAAAAGAAGAUGGCUGACAGUAAUCAGUGAGAGGAGAUAUUUGGGAACAGCAAUAGUUGUUAUUAAUUGUAUCUUUGUCAGAAACCACCAGACAUGAGGGAAGUCCUAACAAAUCUGAGAUGCCAAGUGUUUACAGGGGCUGCUGCAGUACUGUAUUUGUUGUGCUGUCACGUGCAGCACUGCUGCAAGAUCAUCAUGGAGACAUCUCAGACAAUAGUUGCAUUAGUUAUGAAAAGGGAGUAAGAAAAAGUUCACUAAUAACCUGUGAAAAGUUGGGACAGUUGAACAUCUCUUUGGGUUCCAUGAAGUUGGGAAGAUCAGCCCUUCUUUGUCUCAGUGUAGUAGUUCUUUGAAGACUCAAAAUGUCCUGAUCUCAGAGGAGCAACCUUAAAACCAGAGCUUGAUUUGUAAAGGUUUUCAGGAAUAUGACUUCUUGAGCUCAUGCAGAAUCUUGGAGAUAUGAUGUAUAAUAUCAGACACAGAAUGUGACUCACUUGGAAGGAAAUUGCAGAGAGCUGAUUCUUGAGGCUACAGACUCAGAAACAAAAUUUAACUCCAGGUGACAGCAUGGUCAGCAUGCCAUUGAAUAGGUCAAAGUCUGCUCUGAAAGGGCACCUCUUUCAUCAAAGUUAAUGCAAGGAAAGUAACCAGUUCUUGCACUCUGAUAUGACAGAGGCAGAAGUGGCUGUGCAAAAAUAGGAAAUAUGGGCAGAAUUGGUUUUCUGAAGGAAAAGCCUUCCAAGCACUGUAGAAUAUUUGUAGAAGGAGUGCCCAGUGAGCUUGUUUAGUUAAUCUCUGGUCUGCCUGAGGAAUGAAUGGUUCUCUCUUGUUCUUACUGUACAGAGGGAUUUGUAUUAUUGAUUUUAAGUGAGUAAAAAACAGGUCCUGUUUGAGAAACUGGAGUCAUUAAGCAGUUCUCUGAAUGGCUGUACCUCAGCCAAUCCUUUUAACAAUUCCCCUAAGGAAAGAUGUUUCUCCUCCUCUGAUUAUCCCAAAUCUGAUUUUUCAUAUCCAAUCCCUUUCCUAGAUUUCAGCAGUCCCAAGCACAGGGAAAUAGGAGGGUGAAUACUAAAAGCUUAGAACCCAUCGAAUUCAAUUAAACUUCUACUAAGAUAUCUUCUUCUUUAUAGUACUAGACAUUAAGACUGCCCAUGUUCUAUAGAAGAAAGAGGUUAGUAAGAAAGGGAAGGAUGCAAAGAGAAUUUUAAAAUCCUGUUACCAAGUAGCAAAUGCGAAGAAUGUAGAGGCAGAAUUAUCUGGCAUGGCGUUGAGUUGCACAGCUCUCUGUUUCUGCCUGCUCAUUACAUCUGCCUGAUGACUGGAAUAUUUUAAACAAAGGGAUGUCACCUGCUAAUUCCAGUGAGGGGAAAGGCACCACGUUAAAGAAAAAAUCCAAUGGUGAAAAUUUGUGAACGGUGGAUGCAAAGCAGCACAGGCUUGAUAAAGCCAAGCAGAUGAAUGCUCAGAAAACUCAGGUCUGUUUAUCAAGAGAUUCAUCUCUAGUAAUCCUGGAUGGGAUGCAUACAGAGGAUCUCGUGCAUGCACACGUGUGCACAGCACUUGCUUUGCGUUUAGAAAUGCUUUACACAAUCACUUAAUGUUCAUUUUCAAAUAGAGAAACUAGACACAGAGAGAAGAAAACACCUUGCCCAAGCUUGCCCAGUAAAGGAGCGACAGAUGAGAAAAAGACAUGCAUUUCCUCAUUUCUCUCUCUGCCUUAUGCCUCAUUUCUGUAGAUCUUUGGUCGGCACCUGCAAAUCUUUCCCUAGUUAUCAAUGUACCUCAUUUGAUUCAUUAGUCAGCAGAUUUAUUACCAUCUUUAAUUUGUAAACCGUUUCCUUAAAACAGCCAUGCGUAAUAUCAAGAAACAAAUAAGGCAGGUCAAAAUCCUUGCUGGUGCACUGUCUGGCACCACACUUGUGGGCUGCAGGUGCCUGACAGCACUGGGCACUGCUGCCAGCCCUGCCCCGGUGGGGUUCUGCCUUCCAGACUGCAGGGAGAAGCCUGGUUUUCUAAAAGGUACAUGUGCACAUGCUGCUGACACUGAAAAUCUGCUCAGCAAGCCCAUCUUCCUCACCCAGCUGUCCCCCUGGUAUUCCCACAUACAGCACAGUGGGAAUAGUUUGUACUUCAGGGAGUUGCAUCUUCCUUCCAGUAUUCCCAAUACUUCGGAAAAGCACCAAGGAACAAAUCUCACAGGCAGCAACAGGCAGAACAGGGAGCUCUGGAGAGCAAGAAAUUCUACAAAUACUCUAUUGAGAAAGAUCCUUUAAAACUUGAUCAAAAGUAAGGAAGUAUAUGUGUGUGAAACUCAAAAUACCUGUCCUUAGUUAUAGGCACAUGGUUAAAUGCUUUCCUGGCCUGUAUUGUAAAGCUCUACAUCUCUGUAACAUUCCUCUUGAAGUUGCUCACUCUCUUCCUGCAGCCAUAGGUGGUGUACAGGAGAGUGCCUGGAGACUGGCCACACCAUGAUAAAAGCUGUAAGAAGCCUUUCAGCAUUUAUUUUUUAAUUUUUAACACUGCAUGCAAGGUUGCAGUGUUCAGUGUUGAUACCCUGCUCUUUCCAGGAACACAAGCCAAGGCUGCAGCACGCUGAGGGAAGGAAGGGAUGCUGACAGCAUCAGGAACUGCCUCCCUCCCUCACACAGGUUAUGUAAUGCUGCUCACGCAGCAGCCACGCACCCUCCACUUCUGCAAGCAAUGCAGGAUGUGUGGGGAAUCCCCCUUAUUUCGCUAUCCAUGUCCAGCCUUCCUCAGAGCUAUUUUGCAUACAUGGUCCAGGACUAUAAAAUCCUUUUUCCUCCCCAGAGGGAUACAGAGCCUGAGAGGUUAAAGGCAAGAAACUUUGACAGAGAGGAGUCUCUCCUGGCAGGGUUGGGAACACCUCUCACAAAAGCACGGUAAGAAGCACCAUGUCCAGGUGUUCGUUCUGCCAUUCAUUUACUGCAGCUCACAGGUAAAGUAAUUAUAUGGCAAACUGUAUCUCUUUUUCUGUAUUAGGAGCAAAGUGUCAGACUCAGUCUCCUGCUCCAGUUCCAAGCUGUCCAGCUGCUCUGAAAACUUUGGCCCUCCUUUCUGCUGAUAUAAAGGUUUGUGCAUGUAACAGGUAACACUGUCAAUGCUAUCCACAGAACCCCACACUGCAGGACACAAAGCAGCUUCUUGCUCUGAGUGCCAGUGAAGGGAAAUAAGUGUUCCCACAUCACACAAAACAAGGUUCAACACAGUGAACUAAAACCACAAAAAAGCAUACAAAAUGCUGUGCCCGUGGCAGUUUGUGUUCAAACCUCGUGCUGCCAAGAGCCAGUACCCCAGAGAGAAGGAUAUCAACAACAACGUGGAGAAAAAUAGGAAGAUCCAUGGCUCAGAAAAGGAUGAUGCCAAAUUGUACGGUCCAAGCAAGAAGCAGAUGGAGAGGCUGCCCAUCGUAACUUCGGCAAAGGCCAGUGAGGGAGGAGAGAAUCUCCCUCCAAAUGACAUCAAAGUUUCAAACCAAAUAUCAGGAUGUCCAAGACAUGUAAAAGUAAGAAACUUGGAAAAUGGAUCCAGCUUUCUUGACACACUACAUCUGACUGCAAAAGAGGUUAUCAACUGCCGGACCAAAGCCUGCCAAGGGUCACUCAUGACCCCAAAGGGCCUGGUGAGAGGUACCAGAGAUGGGCCAGUUCCACUGGAAGAUCUUUUACCUCAGGCAAUAGACUUCCUCAAGCAAUACUACAGUUCAUUUAAAGAGCCAAAAAUCAAAGAACAGCUGAGCCGACUGGAAACAGUGACCAAGGAGAUAGAAGCAACAGGAACCUACCACCUGACAAAGGAUGAGCUGACCUUUGCUGCCAAGCAGGCCUGGAGGAACGCGCCCAGGUGCAUCGGGAGAAUCCAGUGGUCCAAUCUGCAGGUGUUUGACGCACGGGACUGUAAAACAGCCAAGGAAAUGUUUGAGCAUAUCUGUCGUCAUAUUCAGUAUGCCACAAACAAUGGGAAUAUAAGAUCGGCCAUCACGGUGUUCCCGCAGAGGACGGACGGGCAGCACGAUUUCCGUGUGUGGAACAGCCAGCUGAUCCGCUACGCUGGCUACCAAAUGCCGGAUGGCUCCGUCCUUGGAGACCCUGCCAGUGUGGAGUUCACACAGUUGUGCAUUGAGCUUGGGUGGAAGCCGAAAUAUGGCCGCUUUGAUGUACUUCCACUUGUUCUCCAAGCGAACGGCCAAGACCCAGAAAUAUUUGAUUUACCUCCAGAAAUUGUCCUCCAAGUGCCAAUGGAGCAUCCAAAGUAUGAGUGGUUUAAGGAGCUGAACCUGAAGUGGUACGCGCUGCCUGCCGUGGCCAACAUGCUGCUGGAGGUGGGAGGGCUGGAGUUCACCGCGUGUCCUUUCAAUGGCUGGUACAUGGGAACAGAGAUAGGAGUGCGGGACUUCUGUGAUGCGCAGCGCUACAACAUCAUGAAGGAGGUAGGGAGGAGAAUGGGGCUGGAAACAAACAAACUGUCAUCGUUAUGGAAGGACCGAGCUGUUGUAGAGAUCAAUGUGGCUGUGCUUCACAGCUUCCAGAAACAGAAUGUAACCAUCAUGGAUCACCACUCAGCCUCCGAGUCCUUCCUGAAGUACAUGCAGAGCGAGUACCGCGCGCGGGGCGGCUGCCCAGCAGACUGGGUGUGGAUUGUGCCUCCCAUGUCAGGCAGCAUAACCCCCGUAUUCCACCAAGAGAUGUUGAACUAUGUCCUCACUCCCUUCUAUUACUACCAGGUGGAUGCAUGGAAAACACAUGUGUGGCAUGAUGAGACCCGGAGGCCAAAGAAAAAAGAAAUAAAGUUUAGCAUCUUGGCAAAGGCUGUGCUCUUUGCAUCCUCACUCAUGCGAGGAGCAGUGGCCACCAGGGCCAAGGUCACCGUGAUCUACGCGACAGAGACGGGCAAGUCAGAGACGCUCGCCAACAACCUGUGCAGCCUGUUCAGCUGUGCCUUCAGCACUAAGAUUCUGUGCAUGGAUGAGUACAAUAUUUGUGACCUGGAAAAAGAAACACUUCUUUUAGUGGUUACUAGCACUUUUGGAAAUGGAGAUUCUCCAGGUAACGGAAAGACCUUUAAGGACUCCUUGCUCAGACUGAAACUGCUGGGAAAGAAAAUUAGAUAUUCUGUGUUUGGUCUGGGGUCCAGCAUGUACCCAGAGUUCUGUGCCUUUGCUCAUGCCAUUGACCAAAAACUGGCCCAACUCGGGGCUGCCCAGCUCGCUCCAGUGGGUGAAGGGGAUGAACUCAAUGGGCAAGAAGAAGCUUUCCGCAGCUGGGCAGUCAGUGCUUUCAAGACUGCCUGUGACAUUUUUAACAUCCGUGGGAGACACAGUAUUCAGUUGCCUGACAUCUACACCUCUGAGGAAAGCUGGGACCCUACCAAUUACAGGCUAGUGCAUGACUCCCAGCCCAUGGACCUGACUAAAGCUCUUGCAAGCAUUCAUGCCAAGGAUGUAAUUCCCAUGAAGCUGAAAUUCAGGCAGAAUCUUCAAAGUUUGAAGUCCAGUCGUGUUACCAUUCUGGUUAAACUUUACUGUGAGACUAAUCAGGAAGUGCACUACCUUCCUGGGGAACACAUCGGGAUUUUCCCGGGCAACCAGCCAGAAUUAGUGCAUGGCAUUAUUGCACGUGUCAAGGAUGCCCCUCCAGCUGAUCAGACUAUCAGGCUUGAAACCUGCAUAGAUGGUGGCUACUGGACAAGUCACAAAAAGAUUCCAGCCUGCACACUACCCGAGGCUUUGACAUACUUGCUUGAUAUCACUACUCCACCCUCCCAACAACUGCUAAAAAAACUCUCCCAGCUGGUGACAGCGGAAGGAGACAAGCAGAGGCUGGAAGUGCUGUGUCAGAGCACAGAAGAAUACAAUAAAUGGAAGUUUUACAACAGCCCGAACAUCCUGGAGGUCCUGGAGGAGUUCCCCUCUGCUGAGGUCUCCACAGCUUUCUUGCUGACACAGCUGCCACUUCUGAAGCCCAGGUACUAUUCUGUCAGCUCCUCCUGUGACAUGACAGCCAGAGAGAUUCAUCUGACAGUUGCAGUUGUAAACUACAGGACAAGAGAUGGAGAGGGGCCUUUGCACCAUGGAGUCUGCAGCACGUGGCUGAACACAAUAGAGCUCAAUGAAACUGUUCCCUGCUUCAUCCGCAGUGCUAAUGAGUUCCACCUGCCAGAGGAGCCGGCCAAGCCCUGCAUUCUGAUCGGCUCGGGCACAGGGAUUGCUCCCUUCAGGAGCUUCUGGCUGCAGCGCCUCUAUGACCUGGAGCACAGAGGGCUCAGAGGGGGUGACAUGACGUUACUGUUCGGCUGCCGGCAGCCAGACCUGGAUCACAUCUACAGAGAGGAAACUGAGGAAAUGCAGAGGAAGGGAGUCCUGAAAGACCUCUACACAGCUUACUCCAGACUGCCUGGCCAAGAGAAAGUCUAUGUUCAGGACAUCCUGCAGAGGCAGCUGGAGGCCCGCGUGUGUGAGGUGGUGCACGGGCAGCAGGGCCACGUGUACGUGUGCGGGGACGUGCGCAUGGCGCGGGACGUGGCGAGGGCGCUGCGGGCGCUGCUCGCCCGGGCCCUGCGCCUCAGCCCGCAGCAGGCAGACGAGUACUUCCUGCAGCUCAAGAGCCAAAAGCGAUACCAUGAGGAUAUAUUUGGGGCUGUGUUCCCACACGAAGUCAAAAGAGCUUUGCAACCCACCAGCUGAAGAACAAAUCCACUUGUGUUUUAGACAAUACUUGCACAUUUGUUGUUCUUUUCAAAAAACAGGGAGUCAAAUCCUCUUUCAUAUACAUGUUCAAUCAUGCACGUGCAUAGGAUUGUAGGAUUUGACUCUUUAACCUCAGCCUUAAUUAAGUAAAAUAUGAAAUUUAACUUUUGUUGCUAUUUAUUCUGACUGCUUUUAAUACAUUAUCUUAAUAGUGAAAGUGCAAAGUAUUUUUUUAAUACUGUCUUUGCUGAUAUAAAUCUGGUGGGUUUUGUACAUACAUGGAAAAUGUAGAGUUUUGUACUGGGUUAAAUAGAGCUGAAAUCUUUUUUUUUAAAGAGUACAGUUUAUCUUUGUGACUUUAUUUAUAUCAGAUUGGUUUACUUGCAUGUUAUCUUCACUUGAAAGCAAAUGAGUGGAUGGUUGUGUUGCUGGGAGUUGUCUGGCCGUGUGCCUGGAUCUGGAGCAAUGUUUGCAAAUGAGGUAAUAAUGUGCUGGUCCCCAAGUGGAAACACCUGCUGCUUCCACCUCAGCUGUAUCUGCUCAACAGGCAGCAGUGCUGAAUUCUGCUUUGUGGGACUCAGGUACAUGAACCUCAGUUGUUAUUACACAGCCUAUGGCACAAAGGUUCCAAAAAUUCCAAAGCACUUUGUACAUUUGAGUUCUGUGUUCUGUUUGACUUGAUUUGGCCGUAAUAAAAUCUGCUUUUAUAAUGAGA